AUGAACAAAGUAUUUUAUGAUUUAAUACGAAAUUGUCCAAAAGGUCGUUGGGAUGGAAUUCAAAGAGUUUAUGGUCCUGAAACAGUUCAUCGAUUGCGAAGUGCAAUUCAAAUUGAAUAUACUUUAGCAACAAACGGUGCGAACAAUUUGUGGAAUUUAUUGAAAAAUGAAGAAUAUAUUCAAUCGCUUGGAGCUCUAACUGGAAAUCAAGCAAUGCAAAUGGUUCGUGCUGGUUUACAUGCGAUUCAUAUGUCAGGUUGGCAAGUGGCAGCAGAUGGAAAUACAAAUGGUUCAAUGUAUCCUGAUCAAAGUUUGUAUUCAUCAAAUUCAGGACCAGAAAUAGUUCGACGAAUAAAUAAAACUCUUGAACGUGCUUCACAAAUUGAACAAUCGGAAGGUGAAAUAAAACAUAAUUGGUUUGUUCCAAUUGUUGCUGAUGCUGAAGCAGGAUUUGGUGGACCAUUGAAUUGUUUUGAACUUACAAAAGCUUUUAUUGAAGCUGGAGCAGCAGGAAUUCAUUUCGAAGAUCAAUUAGCUUCACACAAAAAAUGUGGACAUUUAGGUGGAAAAGUUUUAAUCUCAACAAAUAAUCAUUUACGAAAUUUACAUGCUGCACGUUUAGCUGCAGAUAUUUGUGCUGUUCCAACGAUCAUUAUCAGUCGCACAGAUGCAGAAUCAGCUAAACUUUUAAUGUCAGAUAUUGAUGAACGAGAUAAAGAAUUUCUCGAUUUAUCUGCGGAUCGAACUUCCGAAGGAUUUUUUCGUUUAAAACAAGGAAUUGGAUUGAAACAUUGUAUUAAAAGAAGUCUUAAUUCAGCACCAUAUGCAGAUCUUCUUUGGUGGGAAACAUCAAAACCAAAUUUAGAACAGGCAAAAAUAUUUGCCGAAGCGAUACGAAAAGAAUUUCCGGAGAAAUUAUUAGUGUACAAUUGUUCACCUUCGUUCAAUUGGAAAGCGAAUUUAAGUCCAAAAGAAAUGAAAACAUUUCAAAUUGAACUUGCUGCAAUGGGAUACAAAUUUCAAUUGAUUGCACUUGCGGGAUUUCAUUCGUUGAAUUAUGGAAUGUUCAAACUUGCCAAAGAAUAUAAAGAACAAGGAAUGUUGGCGUAUUCACAAUUACAACAAGAAGAAUUUCAAGCAGAAAAAGAUGGAUAUACAGCAGUUCGACACCAAAGAGAAGUUGGAACGGGAUAUUUUGAUUUAGUGACUUUGGCAAUAACAGAAGGAGAAAACAAUACAACUGCAUUUUCUGAUUCGACAGAAGCGGAACAAUUCAAAUGGGAAAACAAAUAA